CGCGGCAGGGCUCGCUCUGCCCUCUCUCCGCCUCUUCGCACCGCCCGCGCCGGCUUCCCGCUGACCGCCGCUGCGGAGCUCCGGCCGGGGCCGCGGGCAGGACGAGCGGGGAGCGCGCACGGCCGGCGAGCGCAUGGACGUGCACAUUCCUUUUCUCCUGUGGGCCUUCCUGUUUCUUGAAGUGAUCAGUUCCAGUCCAUUCCCAGCAAAGCUUUUUGGGGAGAUCAGAUCCCCCGAUUAUCCCAAGCCAUAUCCCAACAACAACAUCAGCAUCUGGAAUAUCCACGUCCCAAAAGGAUAUGUGGUGAAGCUGACCUUCAGAUAUUUUGACCUGGAGCCAUCCGAGUCCUGCUUCUAUGACUAUGUUAAGAUCAAAGCAGACAAGAAGGACUUGGGCCGAUACUGUGGCCAGCUUGGGUCAACCACAGGCAAUCACCCAGGAAGAAAGGAGUUUGUAUCUAAGGGGAACAGGAUGCAUCUGGCAUUUCAUUCGGAUUUCUCCAAUGAAGACAAUGGCACAGUGAUUCCCUACAAGGGCUUCCUGGCCUAUUACCAAGCUGUGGAUCUUAAUGAAUGUGACCCUAACAAUGCUGCUGAGAAAGAUGAAAGGCCUCAGUGCCAGCACUUCUGCCACAACUACGUGGGUGGCUACUUCUGUUCCUGCCGGCCUGGCUACCAGCUUCAGAGUGACCGCCACUCCUGCAGAGUGGAGUGCAGCAGUGAGUUGUUCACAGAGGCAGCUGGGUACCUGAGCAGCCCUGAGUACCCCCAGCCCUAUCCUGAAGACCUCAGGUGUAACUACAGCAUCCGCCUGGAAAAGGGCUUGUCCAUCAUCCUGAAGUUCUUGGAACCUUUUGAGAUUGAUGACCACCAGCAAGUCCACUGUCCUUAUGACCAGCUCAAGAUCCAAGCACGGGGGAGAGAAAUUGGUGAAUUCUGUGGCAAGGAGUCACCCGGUAGCAUUGAAACCAACAGCAAUGAGGUGGACAUACUCUUCCUCACUGAUGAGUCAGGGUUCAGCCGUGGCUGGAAGAUCCACUACACCUCAGAGAAAAUACGGUGCCCACAGCCUGUCCCGCAGGAUCAGUUUACCAUCAUCAGAGACCUGCAGCCUCUCUAUCAAUUUCAGGACUAUUUCAUUGUCAGCUGCAAGACUGGGUAUAACCUGAUGAAGGGCAACCAAAAGCUGCUGUCCUUCACGGCUGUCUGCCAGGCUGAUGGGACAUGGCAUCAAUCCAUGCCCCACUGUGAAAUUGUGAACUGUGGCAACCCCCCAGCUCUGACCAACGGGGCAUUCAGCUAUGCUAACAAACCUGCAGACAACAGCUACCAGGCAGUGAUCAGGUACCGAUGCAAUGAGCCGUAUUACCACAUGGUCACCGGACCAGGCGGUGAGAACUUCACCUGCUCUCCUGAGGGAACCUGGGUGGAUGGAGAUGGCCGGGUGAGGAUCCCUGCCUGCUUGCCAGUGUGUGGGAAGCCAGUCCAUCCUGUCACUGAAGUGCAGCGCAUCUUGGGCGGCAAGGCAGCAAGGAGAGGCAGCUUCCCUUGGCAGGCUCUGACUGGCAUCCAUGGCCGAGGAGGGGGAGCACUCCUGGGUGACCGCUGGAUCCUGACCGCUGCCCACACCAUCUUCCCCAAAGGGGCUAUAGGGAAGAAUGCCAGCCUGGAUGAGCUAGCAGAGAAGGCUAACAUCUUCCUUGGCCACACCAGUGUAGAAGAGCUCUACAAGAUGGGUAACCACCCUGUACGCAGGAUCUUUAUCCAUCCAGAUUACAACCCUAAAGAUGAUCACAACUUCGAUGGGGACAUAGCCCUGCUGGAGCUGAAACACCCAGUAACCUUGGGCCCUACAGUUCUUCCCAUCUGUCUCCCAGAUGCUACCAACACCACAUUCUACAUGGAUGGGCACAUGGGCUAUGUGAGUGGCUUUGGUGUGGAAAAAUACUUUAUCUCAAAUCAUUUGAAGUAUGUAAGCCUACCAGCGGUUGCUCGAGAGAAGUGUCAGAGUUGGCUGGACAGUAAGAAGAGUGAUGUACCUAUGGUUUUCUCUGAGAACAUGUUCUGUGCUGGCUUCCUCACAGUCAAACAGGAUACCUGCCAGGGGGAUAGUGGGAGUGUCCUCACUGCGUUAGACACAGAAAGUGGUCGCUGGGUGGCUACUGGUAUUGUUUCUUGGGGUAUUGGCUGUGCCGAAGGUUAUGGCUUCUACACCAAGAUCAUCAACUAUCUGGACUGGAUCAAAGGGAUAGUAAAGGAGGAUAAGCUCUAGAUGUUGCUGCCCUACUCGCUGAAGAAUCACUGCUAGCAUAUAAAUUUCCAGACACAGCAGAUCAUAGUUAAAGCUUCUGAUGAUGUCCCAAAGGCUUUUCAAAUAUGCAGACCACGUAACCUUCAUCAUAAACACUUCUGAAAGCCACCAUGAUGAAUUCUUAGUGGUACCAUCAAAACUUACCAAAGCUUCUAUACUAUUGGCAGCUUGUCGGACACCUCUGUGGAUGUUCUAGUUCUUCCAAAUGAAGCUUCAAUAAUAUCAGGAGAUCUCACGAGAGCAAACAUGUUAUUGUUUGAAGUGCUGAUAUCAUCAGACUACUGCAGUCUACUUUUGUACUCUAUUGUGUGGGAAGGUUGCAGGAGAGCAGACUUUGUUGAAGGAUGUGGUACUUUGUGCUAUGUACAGUCUGCCUAUGUACACUGGCAUCAGUGAGAGUCUACAAAUAUUAAAAUCACUGCUGGAGAAA